AUGACGGACCAGUCGCCGCAACCGAGCCACGAGCAGGAGCACGAUCCUGAGGCCCAACAAUCCAAGCAUGACCCGGCGCGCGAUGAAGCUCAGACUCCCCCAGUAGCGAAGUCGAUAGCUCCCGACGACAACGCGAACGAGACCAACACCUCAGAAGAUAAGGAGCAAGACUCCACGGUGGAGAUGAAGGAAGAUGACGCGAAGGAUAUCGAGACUGGGGAAGCCGGGCAACUGUCUGAGGAUCCCAAACAUGGGGGACUAAGCAAGGGUAGUCAAGAAGAGGAGGACAACGAACAGGAAGAGGAAGAUGAGGAAGAAGACCAAGACCAAGACCAAGACCAAGACGAGGAGGACGAAGACGAUGAGGAAGACGACGAAGAUGAGGACGAGGAUGAAGACGACGACGACGACGACGACGACGACGACGAGGAUGAUGAGCCCAGGCUCAAGUACGCGCGGUUGACCCAACAUCUUGGCGGAGUAUAUAAAAAUGGAGAUGCGACGAGCGCGUUUCUCGUCGCUGGGGACAAGAUGAUCGUUGGAACGCAUAAUGGCAACAUUCACGUCGUUCAACUCCCCAUUUUCCAGUCAUUAAGGGUCUACCACGCCCAUUCGGCAUCUGUGACUUCUAUUUCCAUAUCUCCAUAUCCACCGCCAUUGCCAACUGAAAAGCCGGAAGGGACACCACGACAUGCGGCACCCAGCAACGCCAGCGUCUCCAGCCGUCAAACAGAGUCAUCUCCGGCGGCGGCAUCCAGAAGGCCCCGUGAAGCACCUCAAAUCCCAAAGAUUCCCUCGAAUGACAUCUUUGUCGCCACGUCUUCCAUGGACGGCAACGUGUGCGUGCAGUCCCUUAUCGACAUGAGAGAUGUCCAACUGCGGAAUUUCGCCCGGCCAGUUCAAGCGGUAGCUUUAUCGCCAGAGUUCAGAACAGACCGAACAUAUCUCUCAGGAGGACUGGCUGGCCAACUCAUUCUUACUGUGGGUGGUGGCCCAGGUCGAAGUACCUCAACUACGACGGGGACUGCUGCAGCCACGGCCUCUGGGUGGUUGGGCAGCAUGGGUAUUGGCAGCAACACUGGCAAGGAUACCAUUUUGCACUCUGGUGAAGGAACAAUCAGUACAAUCAAAUGGUCCUUGUCGGGUAAAUACGUGGUCUGGUUAAACGAACACGGUAUCAAGAUCAUGCGCUCAAAGCUCCAUCUCGAGAGUGCAGACACAGAGGACGCUUGGAAACGGAUAGGACACAUCGACCGACCACAGACAGAUGAAUGGGAGACCAUGGCCAGUGUAUGGAAAGGCCGAGUCGAAUGGAUCGAUGAACAAUCCGUUGAACUGGACGAGUCUGAUCAGGGCUCCCUGGACAAGGCCUUGUCGCCAGCUGCCGAAAAGCUUAAAGAACAAGCUGUUUUGGGCAAGAGAAGCAUCGAGCGAUUGCUCGUAGGCUGGGGUGGAACAAUAUGGAUUAUUCACGUCCAUCCUGGUGGUGUUGGCGUUGGACGGCACGCUGGUGAGAAGAGUCUGGGACGGGCAGAGAUUGUUAAGAUACUUCGCAUGGAUUGCAUCAUUUCCGGAAUUUCUUUAUAUACCCAAAACCUGUUGCUGGUUCUUGCGUACUGUUUACCAGAUGACGACGAAGAUGAAGACGAAGAGGCCGGCUCAGCAUCGCCAGCCAGAAAGCACAAGUCAACCCUCUCAACGGGAAGCGAGCCUGCAGGUGGCAUUCGUCAUCGGCAAAAUAAUCAGCCUCCUGAAUUGCGUCUGAUCAACCUUAAUUCCCAGGCCGAAGCUGACAAGGAUAGUCUCAGUGUCAGUCGCUAUGAGAGGCUGUCAUCGGGCGACUAUCACCUGGGUGUUUUGCCUGCGCGAAACGCAGCAUCGGCCAUUGCCUCCUCGAGAGGCGCCUUUGAGGCGAUAGCGGGACUUGGCUCGGACAUGUGGAACGCCGCAAUUAAUCCCCGAGCACUCUUCAGUUCCGGGGCCAGUAUCCGGAGCAGGGAGAGCGGCGAGGACGUAGGUUCCAGUCUCAGGGCGGGAAGCACAACAGGUACUAUCCGUCCUGGCUCAAGGGGUGGCGUGUCGUCAUCAGUCCACUCAGGACUGGUUAAACCGGGUGUCAAGAUAUUCAUCCACAGUCCGUAUGACUGUAUCCUUGCUACCAGGCGGGACUUGAGUGAUCACCUGGGGUGGCUUCUGGAGCGUCAACAGUACCAACGGGCUUGGGAGCUUCUGGACGAACAUCCUGAAAUCAUGGCUCCAAUCACUGAACGGACGAGCGAUGCUGUUCCUUCCACACCAACGAGGCAACAAGGCGCCGGCGACGACUUUUACGAUGACGAGUCUGCCGUUGACUCGCAGUACAGGGACAUGUACUCGUCAGCCGAGCGAGAAAAACGGCGAAUCGGGGAAAUGUGGAUUCAGGAGCUCAUCGAGGAAGACGACUGGGUGUCUGCUGGCAAGAUCUGUGGCAAGGUGCUAAAGACACCGGACAGAUGGGAGAAGUGGGUUUGGACAUUUGCUGGCGCCAAAAAGUUCGAUGCCAUCACGAACUAUAUACCGACGGAGCCGAUGCACCCUCGAAUCCCUUCGACUAUAUACGAAGUCGUGCUUGGUCAUUACAUUCAGAAUGACAAGGUGCGGUUCAGGGAGUUGCUCGACCGCUGGGCACCUGAGUUGUUUGACAUCAAGACUAUCACAACGGCCUUGGAGAAUCAGCUCAAGUACCGGGACGUUCGUGAAGACAGCAUCGACGAUGGAGAAAAGGGACGAGACUGGCGGAUCGUGGUGGAAAGCCUGGCAAGGCUCCACGAGGCCAACGGACGUCAACGGGAGGCACUAAAGUGCUACAUCAAACUUCAUGACGCUGAUUCGGCAUUCCGUCUGAUUAGAGAAAAUCACCUUGCAGAGGCAGUCGCGGACGACAUUCCCAGCUUCAUGGGACUCCGAGUUCCAUCAGGUAAACUGGACCAGAUGACAGCCGAGGAGCUUGAAGAAGCCACAUCCGAAGCAGUCACCUUGCUAGUCGACGAGGCUCAGCAUGGUCUCCUGCGCCCAGACAUUGUAGUGGAACAACUACUCUCCCAGAACCUCAACCUAUACAUAUACUUCUACUUCCGAGGCCUAUGGAGAGGUGAGGGAAUCAAGGAGCACACAGGGGAGAAUGUUGACAGACUGGUCAUGGACAGUCAAUCCUUGGUGGACAACUUUGCUGACUUGGCGGUCCAUCUUUUUGCGACAUUUGACCGCGAUUUACUGAUGCAGUACCUCAAAACCUCUGUCUCAUACACAUUUGAAAAGGCUGUCCAUGAAUGCGAGACUUUCUCAUACUAUGAUGAACUGGUGUUUCUCUACUCCAAGACCGGGCAGAUGAAGCGUGCCUUGUACCUCAUCAUUGACCGACUCAAGAACGUGCACAAGGCAAUCGAGUUUGCCAAGGAACAAGACGACCCUGACCUUUGGGAAGACCUUCUCAAGUAUAGUAUGGACAAGCCCAGCUUUAUCCGUGGCCUUUUGGAGCAGGUUGGUACAGCAAUCAACCCUAUUACCGUGGUACGACGGAUUCCGGAGGGACUGGAGAUUGAAGGGCUCAGGGAGGGCCUUACACAUAUGAUGAAGGAACACGAGAUACAAUACAGCAUCAGCUCGGGCGUUGCGCGUGUCCUUCGAAGCGAGGUGGCUGCGGCACAGAACGACCUCCGGGCUGGACAGCGCAAGGGCAUCAAGUUCGAGGUGAUGGUCCAGGAAAGCGAUCACGUCGAUAUCGAGGUUAAGGAUGUUCCUACGGACCCGGACAACCCUGAGGAGACCAAAGCCCAUCCUUCAACGGACCAUGACCACCGGGUGCCGAAGCCGGGGCACUGUGCGAGAUGCCACGAGCCAUUUACAGAGUAUGAGAUGGAGACAUUGGUUGGAUAUGCGUGUGGGCAUGUGUUCCACGUGAGCCAUCUCUUGGAGAUGCUACACGGAGGAAAGGUAGAUAUCGAUCUAGGAAACGGCGCUGAAGAGGGGAGUCGAUAUUCAGUUGGUAUGAAGGUGAUGAAGGCGAGGCUGUUGAAGGACAAGGUGCGAGGAGGCUGCCCUGUUUGUCAUGUCAAAGCGUAA